GCCCUGUCUAUGCUCUAAGUACGGAUCUGAAGGUUCAGUAUGUGACCGGUUGACCGGUCAGUGUCGGUGUCUACCUGGGUAUGCCGGCCAUACAUGCCAGGUUUGCCAGGGAGGCAGUAAUGAGCUGUCGUGCAGAGAAUCCAGGGAGGCGGGGCAACAUAGGGACGGGAACCUCUUUCAACCAAAUAUAGAGAAAGGGGUUGCUUUGAGGGGGAGAGGGCGUAGCAACAGACGCGGAGAGAGCGAGGAAGGGAAGGCAAUGAUGCCUUUCAGCCACAGUGUUGAAAUGAAUGACGGAUAUAUGUCAGACCGCACUCGAAAUGCGAUAUCUGUAUUUGGAACUCUAGGUAAUUUAUGUAAUCGGGAUAGUGAUUGUUCAGCUAGAGAUUCAACAUGUAUCUCAUCAGUGUGUGAAUGUAAGGGAGGAUAUGUACAGGAGUCUCCUUACUCAUGCAAAAUUAUGUACCCCGGGCCCUGUAUGUACACACCGUGUGAGGCAGGGGGUACAUGUGAGGAACAUGAUGGAACAUUUACAUGCUACUGCAGUUCAGAUCGAAGUGGUAAAUACUGUGAGAAGGCUAAACAAGUUCAAGAGGCCGGAUUUUCAGGUGCUAGCUAUGUGACCCUAAGAUACCUCCCUAGCUCUGUAACGAGUACAACACUAGAUCUGGAAAUUAAACCAUAUUCUCCUGAUGGUAUUCUCCUUAUAGCUCGGCAGAAUCAGAAUGGAAAAGGCGACUUCUUCUCAAUCUACCUGAAGAAAGGUCACGUGGAGGUCAAAUACGACCUUGGAUCAGGACCGGUCACCUUGACCUCUAGUACGCCGGUUAACCUGGGAGCCUGGAAUAAACUAGCGGUCAAACGAUAUAGACAGGAUUGUAUGGUUGCACUGAACGGUGGGGAGCCAGUUACCUCUUCUGCUCGGGGCAGAAACAAAUCAUUAAACUUACGCAGCUAUGCGUUUAUCGGAGGUAUUCCAGCUUCUAACUUUUCCGGGAUAUUCGGUAUGGUUGGAACUACAGAGAAUUUUCAGGGCUGUAUACGUGAGGUUGGAACGAGGGGGAGAGGGAUAAGUUUAGUUUCAGACUCUGAGCCGCUACUUCUUUCAUCUCACAAUAUUAGUGAGUGCUCUGAGCUGGCGUGCUCCAGGUUCUCCUGUAAGCACGGGGGAACCUGCUCCUUAAGGAGCUCAAAACCUAGGUGCUCCUGCCCACAAGGGUUCAGGGGAAGGAGGUGUAACAAGAGGAAAAAGGAGAAGAGAGGACAUAAGAAACGAAAAUAUUUCUCCAAAGUUCAGAUCCCGUUUUUGAAGAAUAAAAAGGAGUACAAAAGAUACAAAUACACAAUCAACUAAUGAACAUUCUUUUUCGAUCCUACCAAAAACCUGUUUAAUGUUCAAACAGUUAUAGCUCCAAACAUAAAAAUGGAAAAUGGAUAUUUUUUCUGUUUAAAUCUGUACAAAUUGUUGAGAAAAUAACCAACUGUAUGUAAACAUUGUUGUAAAGUUUAUUAUACAGUGAUAACCAGAAAACUGCAGAAUAUAAAGACGACAUUAAAGCAAUAAUAAAUUUUAUUUGAUGUGGUUACAAAGCAAAUAGUUUUUCUGGUAACUUAUUAAAUCACUUAGUAAGUCAAUUGAGCAAUAUUACACCGCACAAUAGUGGUGUGUCACGUCAUGUUCAUUGCACUAUUUAAAGUCAUAAAUUAUGUUUAGAAGUCGUGUUCAUUUUCCAGAGUUUUCUGGUUAUCACUGUAUGUAUUUCCUGCGGGCUGUGAUUUAUAUUA